UAUUUAGACCAGAUCUACCAAACUUCUAUAUCGGAGUACCCUGAUGGCAAAUGGAAUGAAGGAUUUGAACUAAAGGUUACUUAUCAUGCUCAAUUAUUUGAUACAAUACAAUUGGAUAUAUACGAUUCAUAUAUGCUGUUACCAGAUCGACAUAUAGGAAGAGCUGAAAUACGAUUGGGACUCUUACAAGACAUGCCAGAAACAUUUACGAGUUAUUAUGAAAUUUGGGAUAAGAAACUCUCAUCUGGUGCUAGUUCACAUGCUGUUCGAAAAACUACAAUGUCAACUAAUGUUGGUGCCAUUCAAGCAAAAAUCACUUAUCAGUUUCAACAUAUUAACUCCCUUCAAGAAAAUCAUCAUAUCUAUAAUGGAACUCACCAAUUUGAUACUCGAAGGAACUCUCCUGAUGAUGAUACUUUUCGACGACAUUUACAACGUGACCGUGAUGCCUCCGCCAUUAAGUUUCGCAAGUAUGAAGAAGUAACAACUCCACCAUCAGAAGAUCAAGAUUUCCCGGAUAACAGUGAUUCGGAUUCAAAUGAAGAUCAUCAUAUCUCUUCUUCUUCUUCCUUGGCAUUCUCAGUACAACGAACAAAUCAAUAUAUAAAUUCAAAAGCGAAGAAUACACCAUCUCAAUCAACUAUUGAACAAAAACUGCGUUCAACUACCAGUACUACGACAUCUAUUUGCAAUAAUUCUACGGAAACCACUAACAAUAUGGAUAUUCUUAAUGAUAUGGAUGAUAGUUUGAAGACAUAUCCUCUCUUGGAUACUAUUGGUUCAUGGACUGUUAGCAAGGAAACAAAUCAAGUACUACGUGCUAUUGGAAAAUUAUUGGCAGCAUUUGGGCAAGGAUUUGAAUUAUCACAUUUACAGAUGAUUACUGGAUUUGCAGUUGUGGAACGUUUUUAUCAAGAACUUCCUCGGGACCGUACUUGGGAUCUUGUGACAGAUCUAUCUGAAAUUCAAUUAGCAUCUCAUAUGUGGCGAUUCUCUAUGGCAUCUUAUGGUUGGAAAGGAUUGAACUUUAUUGGUAAAGGAAAUGGUUACAUAUCAGAUGCUGUUCGAGAUCAUUCAGAUGCCAAAUCCGUUAUGGAACAUCUCUCAUUACCAAAGGAAGAUUUACUAGCUUAUGAAUUCCGUACAGGUGAAGCUUUUCGUCCUAGUUAUUUUGUGGCUCAUGAUCGAUCUACAAAUUCUAUUGUUUUAUCUAUCCGUGGUACUAUGAGUGCUUUUGAUACGAUGACUGAUCUAGUAUGUGAUUAUGAACCCUGGAAAGGUGGAAUGGUGCAUAAAGGAAUGAAGGCAUCUGCGAUGUGGUUCUUCCGUCAUUUAGGUCCAAAAUUGAUUGCUUACAGUAAUACUCAAUCGACAUCUGCACUUUACAUUGUGGGACAUUCUCUUGGUGCGGCUACAGCUUCCAUAUUGACUAUUAUGCUUCUAGAUUAUAUGGAUGAAUUUAAAAAGGGAAAAUCUGAUGACUUCACUUUACAAUGUUUUGGAUUUGCCCCUGCUUGUUGUCUUUCCUUGGAUCUUUCUGAAAAAUACAAGGAUCAUAUUCAAUCCAUAGUAUUUGCAGAUGAUGUAGUUAGUAAACUUUGUUAUGGAACGAUGAUGGAUGCCAAGCAAAUGAUUAUUGCAGGAUCAGAAGCAGCUCAGCAUUUGGGUAUUACCCAACUCUUUUGGACGGACGAACAGGGGAAAAAGAAGUGGAAGCAGGCUUUUAAUCAAGUUGCAGAAUGUAGGCAACGAUGUAUAGAAUCCAAUGAAAACCCAAGGGUAAGUUACCAUACAUGUAUAUCGAACAAAAGAAACCAAUCAUUGAUCGUUUUUUUAUUUAUUAUUAUUUAUUUUAGCUGUAUGUUGCUGGAACGGUUUAUCAAUUUUGGCUGGUGA